CACUUCCCCCCACAGAUCUCACACUUGUGCAAUUGUUUCACUCUCUUCUGAUAUGCAAUGUCUCACUAUCACGUGAAGAAGACGCUUGGAUUGUUCUUUAACCAAAGAAAAAAGAAAUCUGAUUUUAAUCUUACUGGAUAAAAAAAUACAUAUCUCUCUACUUCUCGUCCGUUUAAGAAGAACAUUUUUAAAAACAAAUUGGACAUACUUCUGACGACAAUACUGCUGCAUGCAGUGGUUCCAGCUGCCCAGGAGCGAUGUCAUCUCUACCUUCUCACAACAAAGAUUCGUCACGCAUCAGAAAGCAACUCUCUGACUCUUGUCCAGUUUCUUCUGUUGCCACUACUAAGAGCCUGCGGCAUGAGAGGCUGUCUAGAUUGGGAUCAUCUGGAUCAUCUGAUGUCUCCAAUGACACAUCAACAAACCAUGCUGAGUCCUACUUUUUACAAAGAGAGAACAGACUAUCUGCAAGGAAAAAGGCACAAGAAGAGACAGCAAAUAAUGACUAUAAAAAGAUGUAUGAAAAGGCACUGGCAACAAAUCAAAGGCUCAAGUCCCGACUAGAAACAAGUAAACAGGAACUCACCAUGAUUCAAGACCAGCUGGAGAGAGCACAGAAGGGGAGACAGGAUGACUGUGGGGCCAAUGUGCUAGAAGCAGAAAAAAAGGAAAGCUGGAGCCUUAAAAAGAGGAUAUCAGAUAUGGAAGAACAACUGAAGAUUAAAGCAGAGCUUAAGAUGGAAAACCAGAGACUAAAGGAUGAGAAUGGGGCUUUAAUCCGUGUCAUCACCAAACUCUCCAAGUGAGAAGGGAAGCAGACAGGAGGGAAGAAGAGGGAAGGAUUCAAGAAGUCAUAUUUUAAUCUGUAUCCUUUGUAUUUCUGAAAGCAUAAGUCCAUCCUCUGAAAAGAUACGUACAUUGGUCAGCAGAAUGUUUUAAACUGAGCCCUUUCUACUGAUUGUUUAGAAAGAUUUAAGAGAUGUUGAUUUAAUACUGAUUUUCCAUCCCCCUGUUCACUUAUAAGAAGACACAUUUGUCCAACUGUAAAUGCAGAAUACAUCAAGUUAAAAUUUAAAAUGUAAACUCACUAAAUAUUUCUAAAUAAAGGCAAAUGCCAGUUUAUGUGUUUCUUA